ACCAUGUCCCCCACACCCCCCAGCCCCAUCACCAUGUCGGGUGACGAGGAAUUUUAUCUCUUCAAGAAUGCGUCCUCAGUGGGACCUUGGGAUGGUCCCCAAUAUCACAUUGCCCCGCUGUGGGCAUUCUACCUGCAGACCGCCUUCAUGGGCUUUGUCUUUUUGGUGGGCACCCCUCUCAACGCCAUUGUCCUGGUGGUCACCGUCAAGUACAAGAAGCUGAGGCAACCUCUCAACUACAUCUUGGUGAACAUCUCCUUCAGCGGCUUCAUCUCCUGCAUCUUCAGUGUCUUCACUGUCUUUGUCUCCAGCUCCCAGGGUUAUUUCGUAUUUGGCAAGCACAUGUGUUCCUUGGAGGGCUUUGUGGGGGCCACCGGAGGGCUGGUGACGGGAUGGUCCUUGGCCUUCCUGGCUUUUGAGCGCUACAUCGUCAUCUGCAAACCCUUUGGCAACUUCCGUUUCAACUCCAAGCAUGCCCUGAUGGUGGUGGUGGCCACCUGGGUCAUCGGUAUCGGUGUCGCCAUCCCCCCCUUCUUCGGGUGGAGCAGGUAUGUGCCCGAGGGGCUACAGUGCUCCUGCGGCCCUGACUGGUACACGGUGGGCACCAAGUACAAGAGCGAAUACUACACCUGGUUCCUCUUCAUCUUCUGCUUCAUCGUGCCCCUUUCCCUCAUCAUCUUCUCCUACUCCCAGCUGCUCAGCGCCCUGCGGGCUGUGGCUGCGCAGCAGCAGGAGUCGGCCACAACGCAGAAGGCAGAGCGGGAGGUGUCCCGCAUGGUGGUGGUGAUGGUGGGCUCCUUCUGCCUCUGCUACGUGCCCUACGCGGCCCUGGCCAUGUACAUGGUGAACAACCGGAACCACGGCCUUGACCUGCGCCUGGUCACCAUCCCUGCCUUCUUCUCCAAGAGCGCCUGCGUCUACAACCCCAUCAUCUACUGCUUCAUGAACAAACAGUUCCGCGCCUGCAUCAUGGAGACGGUCUGUGGGAAGCCCAUGACAGAUGAGUCUGACAUCUCCAGCUCGGCCCAGAGGACGGAGGUCUCGUCCGUCUCCUCCAGCCAGGUCAGCCCCAGCUGAAGAGCCGCCAGCACCUGCCCCAGGCCCCUGGCUGUCCUCGCUAUGGGGCUGGAGCUGCCCCAGGGUUCCAGGGCCACCCCCUCGGCCAGCCUAGAAUGUAGGUGCCGAGUGGGACAAUAAACCACCGCCACAGUCUGAAGACAAUGCCGAGCCAGUCUACGUGUCGGUGGGGACGGGUGGCUCAGCCCCACGGCACUGCAAUCCCACAGCAAUGCCACCGCAGGACCCCGCUCCUUGUCCUGCCCAGGACACACAAGCAGUGGUGGGGCAGGGGGGUGGAAUGCUGCCCCUCCCCUCACCCAUGGGGCUGGGGUGGUGCUGAACCCUCCAUCCGUGGGGCUGAACUCCC